CAUAUCCGAUUAACUCACAUUUGACGUGAAGAAAAUAAAUUAAGUGAAAAACUUUAGUCUUCUGUUCUCUUUUAUUAGGAAAAAAAAAAAAAAAUACAAAGUCCUCUCACAUUUACUCUUGCAUUAAAUUAACCCUCAUCCAAAUAAAUAAUAUUAUUCUUGUUUCGAUAGAAUUCGCAUUUUCCUUGUACAGUAGGUUUUUAUUGGUCGAAACCAUGUGUACAGUAAAGAUUAACAAUAGGGAAAAAAAGAGAAAUACGAGCCUAGGAAGGGUGGUUGGUUGGUCCACCACCUAAACCAAAACGAAAGCCAUUCCUACAAACAAAUCGCAUUACUACUCUUACCUGCCUGCAACCAAGGUGCAAAGGUGAAUGACUCCAACCAUAAACAAAAACUCGUGACCCCACUCUCUCACGGCCUAACCACUAACCAAACGUACUCCCUUUUCAUCCUCUAUGGCUUCACAGCAACACGACACCGUUUUCCCCGAAGAAGAUAUCGACGAGGAUGAAGAAGGAUUUCACGAAUACGAAGAAGAAGAAGAGGAAGACGACGACGUUUUGGUUUUUGACGAAGAAAACGAGCCUUCUGCUACCGGUUCCGCUCUCGCCGUCACCGUUGCCGUUCCUGGUUCCUCCAUCUCCAACGGAGGAGUCAGAGCUCCAAUUUCAACGCCUACCACGACGAUGAUCGUUUUCGCUGAUUCCUCCUCCUCCGAUUCGAAACGGCAGCGAUUGGAGCCAAUUGAGGAGAAAAAACCUCCGCUGGAAGAUUCGCGUAAGCUCUUUCAGCGUCUAUGGACCGACGAAGAUGAGAUGGAACUGUUGCAAGGUUUCCUCGACUAUACAACGCAGAGAGGAUCCUCUCACCACAACGACACCGCUUUGUUCUACGACCAAAUCAAGUCGAAGCUUCAACUCGAUUUCAACAAGAACCAGCUCGUCGAGAAGAUCCGAAGGUUGAAGAAGAAAUACAGAAACGUUCUCAACAAAAUCAGCUCCGGUAAGGAAUUUUCCUUCAAAACCGCUCACGAUCAAGCCACCUUCGAAAUCUCUCGUAAGAUCUGGAACAACGUAGCGCCGAUCGCCGGAGAAAUUGCCUUAGACGACGAUGAAAUCAACCUAAAUCCAAGUCCGAAACCUAAUCUCAAUUUCAGUCCCGUAAUUCUCAAGAGCGAAGCCAUCUCGAACACGAGGAAGCGUUCACGGCCUCGAUCCGGUAUCAGAAGCUUCGAGAAGCGCGAAUCGAAUGAUUCAUCGAUCAGAGAUCGCGAUUAUAUCAACCUCAACCAUCCCAAUCCUAAUUUUAUCGCUAAUGCUAAUUUUAAUGCUACCACAACAACAAAUACUACCACCGCUAAUACUGCAUCAACAACACCUAUUACUACUAAUGCUACUGCAAUUAACGCUAAUAACAAUAAUAAUAAUUGUAGUAGCAGUGAGAAAAACGUAUCUGGAUUGAUUGAAGAGACGGUGAGGAGUUGUUUAUCGCCGUUGUUGAAGGAAUUGGUGUCCGGUGCGAUGGGAGGACCGUUCGGAACGAGAGGAGGUUUCUCGAUGAAUCCAUUUCCGUUGCAGUUGAUGAAUUUCGGUUUCGGAAGUGGAGAAGUGUUGGAUGAAAAAUGGAGGAAGCAACAGAUUUUGGAGUUGGAAGUGUAUUCAAAGAGGUUGGAGUUGGUGCAGGAUCAGAUUAAAGCUUCUCUUGACGAGUUGCGAUCAAUUGGUGGAUUAGGAGGAUGAUAAUUCAGCAAUUAGUCACUUGUUUUAGUUUAAUUAUUUACUUCUUGUUUUAUUUGUUUUAGCUUAGUGAUGAUUAGUUAAAGUUAUUGUAAUUCUUCUUCUUUCUCGUUAUUUUCACUCAUACAGAGUUGCUUCUUAAUUUAUCUGCCAUAUGGUCGAUGAUACUGAUAGUUUAGGAAUUAGUUAUUUUCUGGUUGAUUUUCAUAGAGCAUUUGUUGUGUUUAAUAAAAUGUAACAUUGUAAUUCCUUAGUUUUUUUUUCUCCAACAGAAUUUCUUUGAAUUUUAGAAACUUUUUCAUGUAGUUAUGUACACAUUGAAAUGAAUUGGAGCAAAAAGGGAAUUGAGGAAGAUAUGUAACUUUCACUUAACAAUAAGUUGUAAAAUCGAUUUGCAGUUAGUGUGAA